AUGAACAGCGUCAUCCAGCUACCAGCACGAUUCAAGAGAAAUGACAAGAAGGAGAUUAAGAAUGAGGUAUCGACAACGUCCACGCUGCGUGACAAGCUCCAGUCGGUGCGAUCCAAGCGAGUGACGACGUUUUUCCGAGCCAAAGCAGCACAACGCGCUGGGAUUCGAUAUCUGACGUCGGUGGUCGGUAGCAACAGCGACGCUGUGUUGACAGUUCUACGAUCUCUACGUCAGCUCGCACGCGGUUUCUUUACUCGUAAAUUAGAGAAGUUGACGGCGUUCAUCGGUCAGAAAUGGAGGAAAUUGUGGACACUCAUCGGUUAUAAGAGUGUAAAGAGUAUGAUGCAGAGAACAUUGGGGAGAACAUUUGGUCGGAGUAAAGACAACGAACGACAGCACGCGCGCAUGUAUCAAUGUUUGUGUCGGGCGUUGGCUCGCUUGGGGCGAUCGGCUAUUGCUACUGCUCGUAAGCGACGAGUAAUUGAAGAUACAGGUAGAAUAGCACGAGAAACAGUAGAUGGAGUGAUGAAGGAGGUAGCGGUGAAGGUUGCGGCUAUGCGAGAACGUGAGCGUUUGGGAAUUCACGCUCGAGUGAUCCAAAGACUGUGGAGACACGUGAAGAAUAGUGAACAAGCUGGUGUUGAAGCUAAAGUGCGGCUGUUGAGUUUACUCACGAAUUUACCUCCGAUACUUCGUGAGUAUCAACAGACUCAACGACAAAGGCUGCAGACUGUACACGAAACUAGUGUAAACACUGUUGCGUAUUGCAUCCGUCGUGCAGCCCAGCGGUUAGCUGCACGACUGGUUCAACGAGUAUGGCGAGGUUAUUGUGCUCGGAAAAGAGUUCGUCGAAUUCGCGAGUGGAAACGGAAGAAGUUUGUGCGUCAACGACAACGGGAACGUCUGCGAGAGGCUCGUGGGGCGUUGCUGGAGCCUUCGGAAGCGGAGAAAACACGACGUAAAGUAGUGAAAACUCGGCUGCUAGCUCGUCAAGAGAUGCCCCUGCCUGUACCUCAGGGUCGAUACCAACGUAGAAGAGGUGAACGAGUUUCACUACUGGAACCUUUGCCAUUACAGUCAAGACCGCCACAUACUUCUUAUACUGGUACUAAAGUGCAGUGCGUGCCCUUCAGUCGCUUCGAGAAGAUAGUUGCUCAAGAUGCGCGUGUAAAUCUGAGUAAUGUGUGGGUAGCGAUUCCAGUUGGACACCAGGAAUUACCACUUGAAAGAGAGGAAUUAAAGCGAGGGUUAAGUCCUUUACUAGUAGGAAAAGGAAGGAGACGGCAGAAAGGAGCGCUACAGACAACGUACGACUGGGUACCCGCUCAUCUACUGCAGAGUAAAGCAGAGAGAGACGCAACAGCAUUACGAAGACAACGCGCAAGUCCGUCUGUAUCCAAGACUAUCCUCGACUUUUAA